UGGAAAGUUUAUUUCAUUAUCCACUGACCACUAGUCCAUUUGUGUUUCUAUUGUUUAUUUGUUCGUGCCAUUUCUCUACAUGAAGCAGCCGUGAAAAAAUCUUUAUUGACCAAAAAAAAAAAAAAAUUCAUGUUCUUUUUUCUGUUUGGGUUUUUCAAGUUCUUGGCUUUCCUUUAAACUAUGAUAGUGGUCACUGAUUUUGCUUACAGAUUCAUGUAGUAUACUACUUCAUUGCUAAGAAACUAUACUCAGGAGACGAUUGAUCAAUGACAAUGCGAAUGCUAGUUCAUCAUCAUAUAUUGGUAUUCACUUUGGUGUUGUCAUUUACAGCAGAAGCAUCAGAUCAGUUAGCACCCAUGCCGAUAGGAAAACCUGGGUGCAGAACAAAUUGCAGCGGUGUUUCGAUUCAAUACCCUUUCGGAAUUGGCCAAUCCGGCGAUGAAGAUUGCUUUUACGACUUGUGGUUCCAAAUCGACUGCAACCAGUCCACCGGGUGGAAGCCCGUCCUGAGGCACACCCAAAUGGAGAUAGGGAACAUUACCAUUGCUGAAAAUGCAGACAGGGUUCAGGUAUACAGCCCCGUUACUUCCUUGUGCCCUAAUAAGGAAGCAAAGCAACCAAGAGAUUUCACGGGCAGCCCUUUCGUCUACUCUCAGAAGUUCAAUAGAUUUACUGCAGUGAGUUGCAGCUUCCUUGCCGUGAUUAGCUCCGAUGAGUUAAUCGUCGGUGGGUGCAGGUCAAGAUGUCAAGAGAACGGGUACAGCGUUGACACGCCCUGUGACACUGGUGAUAACUGCUGCCAAACUACUAUUCCUUCAUCUCUCACAGUUAUCAAUGCUAGCAUAAAGAGGGAUCCAAACGGAAGCGCACCUGGUGGUGCUGGUUGCAAAGACCGGGCGUUUCUGGUUGACCAAGAUUGGUUUACUGCUACAAGUUACUAUGCCAUUGAGAACAUGAGCAGCGUUCCUGUGGUGCUGGAAUGGACUUUAAACAACGAUCAAGCUACUUCUUCAUUUCAACCAUUUCAAUCUUUCCUAGAAGAUACCGAGUGGUAUUUCACGGAUCCAACACCCUUUUGCUCGAUUGACCAAAGCAAUCAAACAAGAACAACAUUCAAUUGUUACUGCAGUUCUGGCUUCGAAGGAAAUCCAUACCUUCUCGCGCCUUGUCGUGACAUUGAUGAAUGCGCAAUUCGGCCCAGUGUGUGCUCACCGGGUAGCAAGUGUGUGAACCAUCCCGCAAUGUAUUAUUGUGGGGCCGAUAGCCAUGUUGUGAAAUGGGUCCUCUCAGGUGUCGGCGGGUGCGUUGGGAUGUUAUUAUUACUUACUGGUGCAUGGUUGGUAUACAAAUACCUUCAGAAAAGGAAAAACAAAAUACGCAAGGAGUUGUUUUUCAAGAGAAAUGGUGGUUUACUAUUACAACAACAAUUAUCGUCGGGUGAAGUUAACGUUGAGAAGAUUAAGUUGUUUACAUCUGAGGAGUUGGAGAAGUCUACUGACAAAUUCAAUAUUGAUAGAAUCCUUGGCCAGGGAGGCCAAGGUACUGUUUACAAAGGCAUGCUAACAGAUGGAAGGAUCGUGGCUAUUAAGAAGUCUAAAAUGGUGAGCGAAGGCCAACUUUCGGAUUUCAUCAAUGAGGUUGUCAUCCUUUCCCAAAUCAACCACAGAAAUAUCGUUCAGCUAUUGGGUUGUUGUUUAGAGAAUGAAGUUCCGCUUCUAGUAUAUGAGUUCAUACCAAACGGAACUCUUUCCAAGUAUAUCCAAGGUCAGAUUGAGGAAUUUCCACUUACAUGGAAAAUACGGUUACGAAUUGCAACUGAAAUUGCAGGAGCACUUUUCUACCUACACUCCGCAGCUUCAUGUCCCAUUUUUCACAGAGACAUCAAGUCCACAAACAUACUUCUAGAUGAAAAAUACAGAGCAAAACUAGCUGACUUUGGAACUUCAAGAUCCGUUGGCAUUGACCAAACCCACCUGACCACAUGUGUACUUGGUACGUUUGGUUAUAUGGACCCAGAAUACUUUCAUUCAAGUCAAUUUACAGAGAAAAGUGAUGUUUAUAGCUUUGGAGUUGUCCUUGUUGAGCUUUUGACUGGACAAAAACCAGUUUCUGCUGUAACAAAAUCACAAGAAGAAUUCAGAAAUCUUGCCUCACAUUUUAUUACUUCAAUGCAAGAAGAUAGUCUGUGCGAAAUUCUCGAUGCUCGAGUUCUGAAAGAGGGUUCUGAAACAGAUAUUAAGGUUGUUGCCAACCUUGCAAAAAGAUGUUUGAAUGUUAAUGGAAGAAAUCGCCCUACAAUGAGAGAGGUGACAGCAGAGUUGGAGUCCAUCCAUAUCCAUAUGUUUGCAGAAAAAGCGUCAAAUGCUGAUCAACGAAGUAAAUCGAUUGAUAGUUGGGAUGGAAGUUCAGUAGGAUCUAGGAUAGCUUCUGAUAGGUAUGCCGGUGAUGAGAUCGACUUCAUCACUACUUGAACCUCCACAACUAUCUUCAAGACAUGGUGAACAAAUAAUAUCUUUAAAUUUGAUGUUCAUUAGGCACUCAUAUUUGUCACAUUGGCAAUUUGACGUUCAUUGGCGCCUGUAAGAAUAUGCUGAAUGCUACUACCCGAACAGCAAGUUCCCAGUUGAUUUUUAUUGUAAGGAAUUGUCAAUGGUGGCUGCACAGCAUAACUUCUCCUUUGCUCCCAUGAAAUACUUUGUAUUGAUUAUGUAGGUACUGAGAUUGCCCAAAACUGUCUCAAAA